GUACAGGCAUUAAAGAUUCGAGGCCUUUCCCAAUAAACCCCAGAAAAAUUGACAGCACCAUAUCUUAUCUUCUUAUUCAUUUAUACAACGUGUUCCCAGUCCGAACCUUAAUUUUCAUAACAAUGGCGAAUGGCGAGGUUGUUCUUUUGGACACAUACAUAAGUAUGUUUGGAAUGAGGGUUAGAAUUGCCCUAGCGGAGAAGGGUAUUCCAUAUGAAUACAGGGAGGAGAACUUGCGGAACAAGAGUCCGCUUCUACUUGAGAUGAACCCAGUUUAUAAGAAAAUUCCUGUUUUGAUUCACAAUGGAAAACCCAUUUGUGAAUCGCUCAUAAUUGUGCAGUACAUAGAUGAGGUCUGGAAGGAUAGGCCAUUGUUGCCUUCUGAUCCUAACCAGAGAGCUCAAGCUCGAUUCUGGGCUUAUUAUGUUGACAAGAUAUUUUGGGCUGGAAGAAAAUUAUGGACAACAACGGGAGAAGAAAAAGAAUCAGGCAAGAAAGAGUUAAUAGAGUGCCUCGAGGUGUUGGAAGAAGAAUUGGGAAACAAGCCCUACUUUGGUGGUGAAAUCUUUGGGUUUGUAGACGUGGCUUUCAUCCCGUACUACUGCUGGUUUUAUGCCUAUGAGAUUUGUGGCAAUUUCAGCAUUGAGCAAUACUGUCCUAAGCUGAUUGCAUGGGGCAAGAGGUGCAUGGAAAUAGAGAGUGUUUCCAAAUCCCUGGCUGAUCCUCACAAGAUCUAUGAAUUUAUUGAUAUAAUGAAGAAGAGAUAUGGGGUAACGGAUUAGUAUAUAUAAAAGUCCAGAAAAACUCUUUAUUUAGUUUUUGGCAUUUUCUAUGGUGUCUGGAAAAAUCCUUUGAUUGUAAAGCCCAUUAACUGUCUGCUGAAUGUUGUGGACUAUGAUGUUUUUACUUGUGGGAGCAGCUCUUGUAAGAUCCAAUCAGCGAGGGUUCUUUCUUCUAGCCGCUUAACAAAACCACUUAUGGAAUUGUUGCAGUAUGAUAAACUUUAGAAUGUAGUCUCAUCAGAGAGAAAUCCUCAUUUGAUGAUAUGUGGUUGCAUUAUUUGCCUCAUUCUAUA